AUGAUGGAUUCUCGGUGUAGCAUAGACUUUGACGACCUUUUGGACUGCAAUAAGAGCCUUGCAGCUUCAACUGAAGAAAUUUUGCUAUCGGACGAUGACACUAUUGUAGCGGAACAGGAACACAUUUGGAAUGAAGCUAAGUCACUAACUGGAAGGUUGUCUGCAUCUGUUGUGGUGCUUCAGGCUUCAGGUGCUGAGCUGAACGAGAUAUCGUCAUCUGAGAAGGACUUCUUGAGAAGUAUUGAUGAUAUCCAAAAGUUACUUAUCUUCACUCUUCAGGAUUAUUGUAAGUUGGAAAUUCUUCCUGGCAGUUCCGAAUUUGGACGCAGACUGAUGCGCUUCCAAUCAGAAGUUUUAUUUAUACGGGAUGGAUGUGAAGAGGGAGAAGUCUAG